AUGGCGCAGUCUCAUCCGCCUUUAAGGAAAUAUCUGAUGUUUAAUUUGAUCUCUCUUCCGUAUGAGGUCUUGUCCAAUAUCAUAGCAAACAUCGAUUUCGACGAUGUUUUUAACCUUGGUCUCUCCUGCCAGGCAAUGAGGUACUUGCUCACCGAGGAGAGCAUAUGCAAGUUAAUAGUACAAACCCAGAUACCCUUCUGCAAUGAAGCGUUGUCGACCAAGCACGUCACUGGUCAUAGUGCAUCGGCUCUUCGAAGAGUUGCGAAGAGACGAGAGGCUUUUGCUACAGCGAAUCCGUACUCAGUAGCAACGAUUGCGUUCGGCGAUGCAUAUCUUUAUUGCAAAGGCGUCUUAUGCUACACCCUUGAUGACAAACUCAGGAUCCUAAACCUGCAUGAUUCAGCGUGUCAUGAAGUCGUCGUCAGCAUCCCAGGGAUAGUGAGCAAUGCUACCUCGGAAGUCGCUCGUAAUACUAGAGGUAGAUUUCAGGUGUUGUAUUAUUCCGACAGUAUAAUCUCAUGCCUCUACGUAACAUCAGGCAUGGAUGCAAAUUCUUGGCUAUUUACUUUCAACAUUAAAAGCAGAGAGAUUCCUGUCGUAAGAGAAGUGGAUUCCACAGAGAGAAUUUUUGUUCGCCAUGAUGACAAAUAUCUUUACUACGGUACACAUUCAGAGGUUGACAGAGACAAUCACAAGAAAUGGGUAAUUUAUGGCUAUGAUUUCACUCAACGAGAAUGGUUCGACCAAAAAGUCCAUCUUCCCGAUAUGGUAGGGUCAGAGAUUGGAUCGAACAUCUGUUUUGAGUUUCACGACGGUUAUUUCUAUGCUCUAUCCAAUCAAACAUCAUUUGAGGCCGAGGAGAUUGACUGGACUUCAUUCUAUCAUUGCAUCAGAUUUCCGCUCGCAUCACCUUACAAAGAAUUGAUCGAGAAGACAGAGAACCAAAGUAUGUGGCGCCGUCAACACAAAGAAGGUCCCAUCGAUGAUCGAUGGACUACCCUUCGACUUGACACAGAUGAGAGUACCGGAGAGCUCAGAAUACUUGAGUCUCGAAAGGAGUGGUACCAUGGGGCAAGCAGGAGUCAGCGUACUUACUAUACCACACCUAUUGUUUUCCCAACACGAUAUGAUCACAUGGAUGGUGAUAUCUAUCAUUCGGCUGGUAUAUCUAUUCCUUCAACAGAAACAGCGUCUUCCUUCAAUUUUCAAUCAGGACCAUCCUUACCGAUGAACACAGAAUCGAGUACCUCAAAAGAUUACAACAAGUAUGAUAGCCACGAUCUGAACAAUUAUCCCGACGAUCCUAUUUUACGUCUCCUUCAGGACGACGACCAUCCGCAUUAUAUGCCAUCACGGACAAGACUCCCACAAUUUACUCAUCCAGGUUAUGAUGGAUCUUCCAAUCAAACAUUUACACUUGCCAAAUCCCGAAUUAGAUAUUACCACUCUUCUUCAUCUACAUUUCUCGACGUUGUGGAUGACCCUCUUCCAACGGACUGGCAAAGUAAACAACGAUUACGACUUCGAGCCGGUUCCCGAAAAGUUGGCCCACCCCUCGUUUACCCUGCCAAUCACCCCACAAAAGCCGGGUUACUAUGUGAUCCACCAUCUGACACCGAAGACGCCCUGAGCCAAAUGUAUAGACAAUCAGACGUUACUUAUUGGCCCCCGGCACAAGAUCCCGCAAUAGCAAAUGAGGCUUUGGACGAGUUGUACAAGCUAUUGAAUCCGCCCAGCCAUCUCGGUAAUGUGGAAGGCACCGCAGAUGAAAGAAGUCUAGUGUAUGCAACAGGGGGGUAUGACAAACCACAAGCUAUCAUCUUUGUGAGUUUUGAUCCAGCAAUUAAGUUGUCGGGGUUGAGAAAGUGGGGUGGUAUGACUAGAAAGGGAGUAGGUGAGGGGCCACAUAUUGAUGGUAGGGCUACUGGAUAUAUGCCUGAUGUGGAUACCGAGCAGAGUACAAGCUUAGGGUAUGCAGAUGAAGAUACAAAUGAGUAUGAUCAGAUGAUGUAUAAGGAUGCCAUGGAGGCAGAUAGGAGAAUCGGAGAACCAAAGGGGAAAGGCAAGGAAAAGCAAAAGUCCACGGGUACGUCGGCACUGCCUGAGAAUGUCGAUGUCAGUGGACUAGCAUACGUCAAUAUGCAUGGAACAUCUAAUAGUCCCUCCAAAUCAUCGUGGAUGUGGCAUGAGAAAGCAAUGUAUCAAGAUAUCGGACUAGGAUUUUAUUUCGGGAAAGAUCGAGCAACAGCAGGUGAUGAUAAUAAUGGAAAUAGGGAAAAGAAGCCUUCGUUUCUUACUUCUUGA